AUGAGCAGCAACAACAACAGCAACAACUCUCGAGGAGGCCGUGGCGGUGGUCGCGGCGGUCGUGGCCGUGGCCGCGGCGGUGGCUUCCGUGGCGGCCGCGGUGGCGGUCGUGGUGGCGGUCGCGGCGACGUGCCGUGGUUUCGCCAAGAAGGCUACAACGACGCGGUUGCGAGCAGCGUCGACGAGACCGAGGUCGGCAUCAAGGUGUUCGUCAACGACCGCAAGGGCUUCAAUGGCAUCGUCAAGCAGCGCUUCUCGGACUUUAUCGUGCGCGAAGUGGCCAUGAAUGGCAACGACAUUGCACGCCUGACCGAGCUCGAGCUGCCGCCGCAAGGCAAGAAGAACCGCACCGUGCACACGCUCUUGUUUGACGCGAUGGAGCGCUACCUCGGCCUGUCGUUCGCCAAGUCGACGGCCUCCAAGCAGCACCGGUACCUCGAAACGACGAGCGACCUCCCGAGCGCGUCGUCGGGCCUCGAGAGCAUCUUUGACGUGCUCUCCAAGCGUCUUGUCGAGCUCUUUGUUGCGAACCGCGAGAACGGUGCGUCGUAUGCGGCCAAGCGCCAAGCAAAGCUCUUCGUCGCCGAGGUCGCGUCCGCGCUCGACGCUGCGGAGGCGACCAAGCUCGACGCAUUCUUGCACCAAGUGAUUGCGACGACCGAUGCGACCGCCAAGGCCGAGCUCGUGUACCAUUUCCAGCCGCUCGAGAAGAAGGACGACCGAACCGCGCUCCACGGGCUCAUUCGCGAGUACGGGAAGGAGCUCGUCGUCGCCGACACCACGUCCGAGGCUGGCAAUGACGCGGCGACCGUCAUCCGCCUCCGGCCGCUCACCAAGAACGGUGGGAAGCGCAAGGACAUGGACCACCGCUCCAGUAGGACCGACGCCAACUGGCCGCACAACCGCCGUACGUCUCUCUUUUAUCAUGUACAAGAAAACAAAGAGACCGUCGAGGCGAUGCAGCACAUGGCCAAGAUCUUGCACUUGAACGACGGCGUGUUUACGUAUGCGGGCACGAAGGACAAGCGCGGCCUCACGACGCAGUGGGUCACGGCGUACAAGGUGCCGCGCGAGACCAUUGCGCGCAUCAACAACAACUACGACAUGUACGCGUUCCUUGUCGGCAACUUUAGCUAUGUGAACGACCCACUCACGCUCGGCGACCUCUACGGCAACCAGUUUGGUCUCGUGCUCCGCAACAUCCCCGACGACGUCUCGGACGACGACAUUGCGGCCGCCGUCCACGCGUGGACCAACAUGGGUUUUGUCAACUACUUUGGCUUGCAGCGCUUUGGCACCAAGUCGAUUCCGUCCCACACGGUCGGUCGCGCCAUGCUGCGAAAAGACUUCAAGGGCGUCGUGGACCUCAUCCUUGGCCCGAAAGACGGCGAUGCGAGCAAGAUCCGCGAGGCGCGCGUGCACUUUCAGCAGUACAAGGACGUGGACGCAGCUCUGCGCAUGUUCCCGCCCUUCCUCGUCGCCGAGAACGCGGUGCUCCAAGGCUUUUCGCGCCACGGCCUCGACGCGUACGAGCGCGCGAUCCGCAACAUCCCGACCAAGCUCCGCAUGAUUUAUACGCACGCGUACCAGAGUUACAUCUGGAACGAAGCCGCGAGCUACCGCUUGAGCCACUACUCCAACACGGCGCCCGUCAUUGGAGACAUGGUGCUACGGGGUGACAGCGACAUCAUCUUUGUGACCGAAGACAACAUUGGCGAGUACUCGAUCGAAGACGUGGUGCUGCCCGUGCACGGCUACUCGACGCUGCUGCCCAAAAACACCGUGGCCGAGGUCUACAGCCGCUGCGCGACCCAAGACGGCGUGAAUUUCGAGUCGCUUCGGAAAGACCAGUCGCCCGAGUACAACCUCCCGGGCUCGUACCGCCACAUUUUGCGCAAGCCGCAGCAAGUGCGCCACGAAAUCAAGCGCUACGACGACGAGACGAUCCCGCUCUUGCCGUCCGAAGUCGACGUCCUCUUGAACCGCCCGACGGUCCCGUCGCUCCCGAACGGCAAGUUCAAGGCCAUCUGCCUCGAGUUCAUCCUCCAGUCGUCGAGCUAUGCGACAAUUGCGAUCCGAGAGCUCCUCAAGCAGAGCUCCAGCAUCCAUGUGCAGUUGCAGCUCAACGAGCAAAAGGCCGGCAAGGCCAUCGACACGUCCAACGUCAACAAGGUCAAGUCCAUCCCGAUCGGUCGACCAGGCUUCUCGCUCGGCAAGCAGUAA